AUGGAUGGUAGAAAUGACGUACAAAGCAGAUCUAGCGGGACAUCUUCGAAACAAUCUGGUAAUUCUUCAUCGAAUUUUUAUCAUCCUUCAAGAGAUUCGCCAACUUUAAGAGGAGGAUUAGCUCACACAAAAAAUUCAAAUCUUCAAAGAGGACUUUCUCGUUCAAUGGAUGUGAUAAUGAACCCGGCUCUUCGAGAAAAGGGUCCGGUAUAUUCCAAUGUUUCAGCUGAUUCUAACAACAAUUCUAAAAGGUUGGAGAAUUUCAGACAGAAGUUUUCAUGUCCAGAAAUAGCCGCCAUAUUGGAUCAGUAUAUUCCUAAAGAAGAUUUGAGUGAUCCUAAACCUACAGCUAUGCCUAGUCCGAUGAGACGUUCUCGAUCGUUAAACGAACUUCCAGGAAGUGUAAGAGUCCCCAUCUUGAAACGAACUGAGACAGACAGAAUGAAAGCUCGACUGGAAGCAAGUAUUGCUGGUACUGAAGAACUUAAGAAGUUGAGGGAAAAUCAAGAGAAGUUGAUGGCAGAGACUCGCAGUUCCGUUAACACCAGAAAACACCAGGUUAUGUACAGUAAUAUUCCAUAUUCCUACGCUUGA